AUGGUGACUGACAUGGAAGAAGUAAUGUUGUUUGAUGAAAUGUCUCCGGGAAUGUCGGUGAAGAAUGAAAAUGAAAAUGAAAUUUGGAGGAUAAAAUUUCCUAUUGCAAAAGACACAUUUGAAUUUGGAGAAUCAAAUGCAUUUCAGAAGAUUUGUGCAAGUGCAAUGGGGGAAGAAGAGGGGUUAAUGGUGAAUGAAACUGGAAACUACAUAUUGGAGAUGUCUAACUGGAUGAAAAAUUGGGAAUGGGAAAAGGAAAGGGUCCCCCUGAUUCGUCCUCGUGCAAAUCUGGUGGAGGAGAGUACUGCGGAACGGGAGGGCAGAACGCACAACCGUAAUGUUACCAGUUCUAAACGUCGUGGGGAACGGACUGGUGCUUUUGUACAACCACGUAUGACAAUUGAGGAGGAGGAGGAGACAGAGGCAGAGCCCGAGCAGGAGAUGGAUACAUAUAUGGAUCCCCACGAGGACGAGUACGAUCUAGGACUACGUUUUCAGCAGAAGUAUCAGUUCCCGGUGCCUGAUUUUCCAUCCGAUGAUGAUGACGAGGACGGUUUGACUCCGCCUCCGCCUCCGGUUUAUACAAUGGAUGGUACUUCCGGUGGUUCUACUCCUGCCCCAAACCCGAGGUCCCGGCCCGGUCCGGAAAAAACUCUUCCUACUCGAUCGUGGAAGUUGAUUGGUGAGACACCCGGUGGACCAAAAUACCCUCAUUUGAUUCCGAGUUUUGGAGCCCAUAUUGCCUACGACAUCUGGGAGGGAAAGGGCCGGCAUAUGCUGAAGUUGCGGUCUCAUGCGAAGUCUACUUGGCCGGGCCCCGACGACUAUUAUAGUGUUUCACUACUGGAGAGUACCGGGUUGUAUCACUUGCGUUAUUGUUCGCUCCCUCAGCACAAUAACCCGUUGAUAGAGGCUUUUAUCGAGAGGUGGCAGCCAGACACCAACAACUUUCAUAUGCCGUUUGGAGAGAUGACAAUUACUCUCCACGAUGUGCACUAUAUCAUGCAUUUGCGAGUUAGUGGAAAGCGCCCUAACGUUUGGAUUGAUAAGGCAGAUGCGAUUUAUGCAGGUGCGAGAGCGUUCGGUGUCGAGCCCCGAGAUAUGGAGAAGUGGUAUGGCGGCGGAUACCGGUUAGAUGAUUUGGAUAGGAUGUAUGGCGACGAUUCUUCAUUUGCUUCCGAGUUUCGGGUACGAACAUAUAUUGCGUACUUGCUUGGAAAGCUAUUGUUUGUCGAUAAGAGUGGAUCGAAGGUGAAAGCAGAUUUUUUCCCACUUUUAGAGCAGAUCGAUAUGAUUUCCGACUAUUCCUGGGGUUCGGCUACAUUAGCCUAUUUGUAUCGACAAUUGGGCAUGGCUACGCGAGCUGAGGCGGCGCAGAUGGGUGGUUGUCUGACACUGUUAGAGUGUUGGAUAUAUGAGUAUUUUCCGUGUUUCCGGCCUCCGAUGGUUAACGCACAUGUGAAUGGAGAGCCCUGGUCUAAGAGGUGGCAAGUGAUACAUCAUAUCCCUAAAGACGAGGAUAUACUUGUUGAUUGUGGUCGACAUCUUGAUUCUAUGCGUGCGUCAGAUGUGAAUUGGACGCCAUUUGGAGUGAAUGUGUCACGUGAAGUUGAAAAGACGGUUCAUCACGGGACUAUACGAUGGAUGGAUACGAUCGAGCCUUACAUGCCCGAUAGAGUUUUGCGUCAGUUCGGCUUUCGGCAGAUUAAACCGUCGGACCCUAUUCGUCCGCUAAAAGGUGCUAGGAGGGAGAGAAAUUAG